UAUUGGUAGCAUCUGAUCUUUCCUUUCACAUUCAACAGCGCGGGAAAAUUCCCAUCUCAAUUCGCGCCACAGCCCUAAUCACACUCUUCUUUCAUUUUUUUUACCUCUGCUCCUUCAUUUUCACAAUUUUUCGCAACAAUACCGACAGAUCCGACCGUUAUUUCUUCAGUUUAUUCAAAUCGGAAAAUGCUAGAGUUAUCGGUGAUUUGUGCCGGUCUCGGCGACGUAGAAAAGGACGACGACGGAAAAAUCCGCUACUCCAAAGGCGAGAACUGCCUAGAGAAUGUAAAGGAUUUGCUCAGAUGUUUGAGGCGAGAUGAUCCAGAAACGCGAGAAGUAUUUAAGCAAGUAUGUAAGUGGAAAAUCGUGUCUAAGGAUUUGAUUCCGAUUAUUCAGUACUGUCAAGAGGAUCGUAGCUUGGUAUUAAAUGCAGUGAAGGUGUUAGUGUUUCUUACCAUGCCAAUUGAGCCAUCAUCCAGUGAUAUUCCUCAACAGACUGAGUACCUCUGGGGUCUGAAAUCAGCAAUCACAUAUAGUGAUACUGUUGGAGUGAUUGUUGCUUUACUAGAAGACCCUCUUGAACAUUUGGAACGCGAAGAAUUCACGGAAGAUGAUUGGAAAUUGGUGCAGUUGGUACUCACGUUGUUCAGAAACAUUCUUGCAAUACAAGAUAUGUCCUUGUUGCAGAAAGUCGGGACAUCUGUUAGUCAUCUUUUGUCACUCAGGGACAGAUUUUUAGAACUUAUGUUUCACGAGAAUGUAAUGGACCUUAUUAUAAUUAUCACUCAGCAUGUUUGUAGUUCUUGCUAUCUUCGUCAAGAUAACCUGCUUCUGUUAGAGACUUUCCAUUAUAUUUUCAUGGGUCAAGAUCCAGAGUUGAUUGCUAAAGCACAAAAAAAGGAUUCUAAGGUGGUUGAAAAUGCCAAAACUUCUCUUGAUAGUCUUAAGUCCAUAAUGGAAGCUGAAGAAGAGAAAAGAAGAAAGCUUUCCAGGCAAUGUAAUAUGGCACGCCAUUCACAAUUUAGUGGAACAUUUACACGGCUUACUAUGGAUGGUUCUAAAGCAGUCUAUAAAGGAAACCCUAGUUCUGCAUCUAAAAAUGUCCUGCUUAAACCUCAUAAAAAUCACAGGAAGUCGACUAAAAGGAUCAUGUGGGACCAUGGGAGAUUACCUUCAAUGAAGGAUGAUAUUUUGGUUUUGCUGAAUGAUUUUCUGUACCAUUUUCUAUCAGGGGGUUAUAAUGUUUUGAUGCAAACAAUUUCUGAGGAUAUCGAGAAGGAGCAUCAUGCAGUUCAGAAAAGUGAUAUUGUCAAUUUCUUCAAGGUUGCUCAAUUUGUUUCUUCUUUCCAGUAUUACAAGUGUUUGACAUUGAAGCCAAACAUGGAUAAAGAUGAUUGUCGCAUCUUACCUGAUGAACAUGCUGAUGACACAUUUUUUAAAGGUGAUGUGUGCGGACCAAUCGCUGCAUCAAUGAAUGAAUCAAUGUUUCUAUUAGUCAUCUCAAGAUGGCGCAACGCCUUUGAAGGCCUUAAACAGACAAAUGACUAUACAUUUCUAUCAGCAGCUGGCUCUCUUAUGAGAGUUAUGAUCCGUAUGUUAGAUUUGGUGCUGAAGAUAUUGCCUGAAGGUUCUAAGGAACCUCAAACAGCUCGCAUACUGCUUUACAAGCUAUUCUAUGAUCAGACUGAUCAAGGAAUGACUCAGUUCCUCUUAAGCCUGAUCAAAUCCUUUGAUACUCACAAACAACCCAAAAGUGAUCUUGCAGAUUUGGUGGAAAUGAUUCAUUUAAUUGUGAGACUGAUGGAGAGUCUUCAAACACGUGGCACUUUAAGGGUUUCUAAGAAAUCAAGGAAGGUUCGAAAGAAGAAAGCACCACAGGACAAGAAGGAUACUGAAAAUGAACCAUCUGGAGAUGGAGUAACCAUUCAGGAAAAGACUCUUGCUUCUAAUACUGAGCAAUUAGUUGACCUGAGCUUAUUGGAAGAGAAAAGUGAAAAGCACAACAAUAAUGCCCUUCAAAAUUGUCAAGAAAACAACAUUCAUGAUGUUCAAGAAAAUCAAGAAAACAACAAUCAUGAUGUUCAAGAUAUUCAAAAAAACAACCAUCAUGAUGUUCAAGAUAAUCAAGAAAACAACAAUCAUGAUGUUCAAGAUAAUCAAGAAAACAACAAUAAUGCUGUUCAAGAUAAUCAAGAAAACAACAAUAAUGUUCAAGAUAAUCAAGAAAACAACAGUAGUUCUGUUCAAGAUAAUCAAGAAAAUACCAGCUCUGUUCAAAUUGAUGCGCCUGAGAUUUGUGCAGAGAAAAUGGGAAAUCUUGAUGAGAGUCUGCCACCAAUAAUUAGCAGAAAGAAUGUUCAUUGUGAUGAUGAUCCUACUGGUAGUUCUGAUGAUUCGUCUAGUGAUGAGCAGCUCGCUGAAACUCAUGAAGUUGACUUUAAGGUCUCCACCUUUUUAUCAGCUUUUGGAAACCAACACAUUAUUCGGAAUUUAUGCUGGUUGCUUAGGUUUUACAAGAAUAAUUCCAUCAGUACAAAUAGCUACAUCAUAUCCAUGUUGCGGAGGAUCACUGAUGACCUGGAUCUCGCUCCUAUGCUUUAUCAGUUAUCACUACUUACAACAUUCUAUGACAUCCUGGAUGAGCAACAGUCAUCUCCAUGCAAGGAAUAUGCAAGUAUUGUUGAUUUUCUGACAACUUUAAUGAGAAGAAUGCUAAGAAAAAUGAAGAAUCAGCCCCUCCUAUUUGUAGAAGUUCUUUUCUGGAAGUCCCGCAGAGAGUGCCAUUACAUUAAUGCAGAGUACUUAUUGCAUGAACUUGGCCAUUUGAGGAAAGAAACUAAAAGUUGGGGAAAUGUUUCGGUGGAUGGAGAAAUUAGUCCAUCACAAGCAAAGGGAUGGGCUCCUAGAAGCUUAGCUGAUGCCCUGGGUGAGGAUGAGGCAGAUGUUGUGAUCUCUCAUAAGCCAUAUCAGAAGAUGAAAGACACCGCAGGGGAAUUUCAGAAACAUAACUCACCUAAGAGCAAUGAUGAUGAAAAAGAAAAUUCUGACUACGGAGGAAAUACCAUAAAACCUGAAAUUAAAGGGGUUUCUAGAAGAAAAAAAAGACUUGUUUUAAAUGAAGAGACGGAGAUGAGAAUAAAAGAACUCUAUGAGAAAUACAAGGAUGACAAAAACUGUAGUCGUCUUAUUGCGGAAUCCCUUGAUCCUGCCGGUCAUGUUUCACCUGCACAAGUUAUUAACAAGCUCAAGCAGCUUGGACUCAAAGUAUCAUCAAAGAAGAGGAGGAGAGAUGCUGAUAGAGGAUUUCUUUCUUUUCCCGACCAGCUGGGAGAUAAAAGGUCUGAUGAAAAAGAUAGUCCUCAAAAUUCAACUGAUGAUGAAGGAACCUCGCAAAAGCGGUCCCUGACUACCAGGAAAAGAGUGCAGAUCUUUAGCAAAGAUCAGGAAGAAAUGAUCAAGACUUUAUUUGAGCAGUUUAAAGAGCAUAAAAGAUGCAGCUACAUGAUUGCAAAUGCACUGGCUGCUGAUAAUUCUAUAACAGCUGCACAAGUUUCUCGAAAACUCAAGCAGCUUCGAUUACGUGCUCCUCAGCAAAGGAGAUCUGAAGCAAUAUUGCAUCUUAGAGACGAGGAACAAAAUGAAUUUUCUGCUGGAGGAGAGACAUCUGAUGAUGAAAUGUUGUUAUCAUUGAAGAGAAUGAGUAGAAGGAGUAGUAAUCCAGAUGGUGGCAGACUAUUUGAUGACUUGUCCGAAAAUAACCCAGAAAGAGACUUCUCUGGCAAUUCUGAUGAUGAAUUAUUAAGCUCUCUUUUCAGAAAUAAAAGCAAAGAUAGUGACAAACUUUUGGAGGAACAGAAUGCGGAGGAAGAGUUGUCUGAUAACGAAAUCUUAGACUCUGUUCUCAAUAAAACCAGGAAGCUGCAUCCAAGAGCAAAAAAUAGAAGGCUCACAACAAUUUCCGAUGAGAGGAAAAUAACAGAGGAAAACUCGGACAUUGGUGUUUCCAAAGAUACUGCCCAAAGGGAUGGAAGAGGCUCGUCCAUUGAAAUGGAAAUUGAUGAUAUUCAUGAGGAUGCUGCUCCCCAAGCGAGUGGGGAAGAAAUAUUAGUGUCCGAAGCAAAUGACAGUUCAGUUCUCUCAGCAUUCAGUAAUGGUGAUGAUCAAGAAUUAGACGAUGCAUUGAUAGAUUUGGAGGAUGAUGUGGACACAACAACAAAAACUCCGGCGCUUAGGAGGAAGAUGAUAAUUGACGACGGUGAUGAUGAUGAUGAUGAUUAAGAUGAACGGUGAUCUUCCUCCUCCUACCAUUCCAUCAGUAUAUGCUGUAAUUGGGUUUCUGAUAAGCUGGGUCAGUAUUGAAAUUGGCUUGUGUAUAGUUUCAUCAUUUAUUAGUGCAAGGAGCUGUUUAAGCUUCACACCUCAUUCAAUUGCCAAAAGAGUUGCAUAAAUCCAUUACUACUGAGCAAAUUGCUAUGUAUGAUUCAAUUUCACCAACAUGACCAAACUGCUUUUUAACACCUAUUCCAUUUC